AUUCAUAGUUCAAAGAUUAGACAGUUAACGAGAAAUACUACAGAAGGGCACACACAAUAUUUCAAUGAUUCUCUUAUUUUAUUUUAUUUUUUGAAAAUAAGAAAAGUCCACGAAAUAUUAUUAGAACGUCAUUAGUUUUGUGCCAUUACACAACAAGAACAACAACAACAACAACAAGGACAACGAUUAUACAUUCUUAACAAUAUCAACACAAAGAGUUUUUAGUGUAAUUUUCUUUAUUUUAAAUGAUGUCAGAGGUGCCGGUUAAUUCCGAUGAUGAAUAUGUGGACGAGUCCUUUGAGGAGGACUCCCAAUCUGAGGUUGAAGAAGAACAGGAAAUCUCAGAGGACGAUUAUGACGAUGCCAACCAAAUGCAGCUAGAGCAACUGGAAGAGGAGCAGGAGGAUGAGGAAGAGGAGAGUGAUAGCCAAAGCGAGAGCGAUGUGGAGGCAGAGUUUAUGCGCGGCAAUCCACAUGCACGUCGCCAGCAAUUGUAUAGCGGUCGUUCAACUGGGGGUUUCAAUCACACACGAAUGCCGACCUAUCCCAGCUCUUCAUCGGACGAUGAGAGUAAUGUGGUCGUAACCAAGACUGUGGCCGAGGUGAAUGAAUUGGUAGGCGUACUCAGAAUUCAUGAGGAGGAUGAGGCCCUAUCAGUUCGCACCCUGAAACCGGGUAGUGCGCAUAAUAAGACUGUCAGAGAAGAGCAGAGAGAACCUGAUGUAACGGAAGUUGAAGAAAUCGAAGAGGAGGAGGAGGAGGAUGAGGAGGAAGUGAUACAAUAUCAUGCUGUUAAUAAUAACUACAUCGAUGAUGAUGCCGAAUCAGUGGAUGAAGAGGAAGAGGAAGAGGAGCUACAGAUUGAGGAGAAUGAAGAUGAUCAAAAGACUGAAGUAGAUCACCAUGAAUACAAUGAUAUGGGCGACGAGGAUCAAGAGCAAUACCUGGACGACGACAACGGCGGCGGCGAGGAGGAAGAAGUAAUCCAAAUGAACAUGGAAGACACGGUGACUGUUGUCGAUGCCAGCGAUAAUAGUAGUGAUCAGAGUGGACCCGUUAGCAGAAUGCAUAACGCCGACAAUCUUUCUCUCUACUCGGCUGAGACCGAAUUCACCGUAGUUCAGGAACGUACGCCACGCAAACCGUCUGGUAUUCCGAUGCCCGUAAGCCUGAACUCAAGCCGUUCAGCACGUCAACGUGGCGAGGCAAACGUAGAGCCGCCACCAAUGGAGAAUGUCCAACCACCAGAAACUUAUCAACAGACUGAUCUUGAGUUUAUUGGUUACGAAAAGGAAGUGGUGGAAACUACUCCUCCGCCACAAUUGGAGGACUUUGUUAACGAUAGUUCCAUGAAACCGGAUGCUGCAGCCGUCAAGUAUCUGGAACAGAAAAUGACUCAAAUGUCCGAAAUGAUCAUGAAUUCAUUUCGCAUGAGCGGCGGCGCUGUUAACAAUCCAGCUCUCGAACAAUUGGCCAUGGCCACGGGAAUGAUGCAGUCACAUGCUGCUAGGCUAGGAACGGUCGAGGAAUGCGAUAGUAUUUCCACCACAGGGUCAUCGGCUCAGAUUAGCUCACGCAGCUGUGGGGAUAGACGUAGGCCAACACCGCAGCAUCAUCACCUGGAUUCCCAGAAUACGGUGGGUACUGUGCGCUCUGCCAGACUAGCCCGGCCCAGUUGUCGCUGCCCAUCCGCUAUGGACAGCCUGGCGGGUGUGGCAGAACUGCAGCCUGAAAUGGAAUUGGAUAUGGACGAGUUCCUCAUGGAUGAGUGUGGCCAGGGCGAUGGUCUUAUGAGACAUCACCCACAUCGACGUCGGCAACAGCAAAAUGUCAAUUGUGGCUUCUCCAGUGCAACUCCCAGUACCACGUACAGCAGCGGUGCAGGCAAAUGUGCUCCUGGUGCCUUGCGUCCGCGUUCCUCCACUGAUAAAGUCAACAAUAAAAAUGCGGGACGCAAAAGUUUCAGUUUUUCCAAUUACCAGGUGCGUGAGAUUGAGCGACAGAAUCACAUUUUGCUCAAGAAAAUGAUGUCCGUUAAGCCGACGGCUACCAUAAAGGCCAGCACAAGCAGUAUUAAGUGUAAUCCCAAUGCACCACCAAAGCAAACGCCUCCAGUUGCUCGACUUUCCAGCGCCGCUGUUAAUCGCAAAAAAGGUCAACGACAAAUUGAUUUGGACAAUGAUCUGCUUAAGCGAAAACUUGAGGCCAUUGGCGCCCGUCGUCCGCAAUUCAAAUGAUGCUUAAUCAUGGCGCUGACGGUUCCAACUGUGUUCAUAUUAUAAGUUUAGUUCCAAAGCGAAUUUACAAAAUUAAAAUUUAUUGCAAGUUGAGAAA